AUGUCGACCCUUAUCCAUUACCCCCAAGCAACGGGCCUUCAUGACAGUGACGCGCAAAUCACCAAUCAAGGACCCGAACUGAAGAGUGGCAAAGACGAGUCACCCCUUUCGACCUCCCAAUGGAGUCCCCAGUUCCAUCUCAAGGCACCCCACGGCUGGCUCAACGACCCCUGUGGUCUCGGAUAUGAUCCCUCCACCGGAACCUACCGUGUUGCUUUCCAAUGGAACCCACGGGGUAAUGACUGGGGUAAUGUCUCCUGGGGUUACGCAACAUCAAAAGACUUGGUCGCCUGGAAGGCAUUCCCAUUGCCGUGUCUAGUUCCUUCCACUCCCUAUGACCAGUGCGGUGUAUUUACUGGGUGUCUUCGUGCUACCGAUAUCGAUGGACAGGAUGGUGCACUCACCAGUAUCUAUACAUCCGUUUCGUCGCUUCCCAUUCAUUACACCUUGCCUUAUAAGCGAGGAUGCGAGUCCCUCAGCUUGGCCGUCUCGCGCGAUGGAGUGCACUGGGAACGUCAAAGCUGUAAUCCUAUCCUUUCUGGGCCCCCUCCCGACAUAGAUGUCACUGGUUGGAGGGAUCCAUAUGUUGGACCUUGGCCUUCACUGCAGGAGGCUAUAGGCCUCCCCCCUUCGCAGCUAUUCGGUUUCAUUUCUGGAGGUAUCAAAGACGAAACACCGACGGUCUUUGUCUAUACCGUCAACCGCACCGAUCUCCGUGACUGGAAGUAUAUCGGACACCUGGCCAACGUGGGGAACAAUUUCUGCCCAUCUCGCUGGUCUGGCGACUUUGGGGUUAACUGGGAAGUCACGAAUCUCGUUUCUCUCUCCGAUGACCAAGGUGUAACCCGCGACUUUCUCAUUGCAGGAACGGAAGGAUGUCUCCACUUUGACGAUGCAGCCGCCCAAAUGAACCAGACCAGAGCUUUUGAGAAGAGGACUCCCCGUCAGCAGUUGUGGAUGUCCGUCACAACAGAUCAGGAAGCCAAACGAGAAAACUCGAAGCCACUGGCACAGUACUCCUUUGCCGGUGUAUUUGACCACGGGUGCUUUUAUGCUGCCAAUUCGUUCUUCGACCCUAUGACUUCCCAGCACGUUGUCUUUGGUUGGGUCACGGAGGAUGACCUCCCUGACCAUCUGCGACAUGCGCAAGGAUGGAGCGGAAUGAUAUCACUGCCGCGGGUGCUGAAAAUGGUCACGCUUGACAAUGUGACCAAGGCUCGUCACUCGGCCCUGGAUUCUAUUACUUCCAUCGAGACCCAACCCAACGAAACAGGCUCAUACACCAUCCGGACAUUAGGCAUCCAACCUGAUCCGCGACUCCAAAAACUACACACCAAAGCAUUCAGUGCUGAAGUGCAAGGUCUGAAGCUACACAGCCCCGUCCCGGUCUCGUUACAGACAUCAACAUGGGAAAUCAAAGCCGAAUUCACCGUGAACAAGAACUGCAGUUCCGUCGGGUUUGCCGUUGCGCAUAGUGCUGACGCAGCAGCCAAGACAAUAGUCUCCUGGUACCCCUCGACCGAAACAUUCACCAUCACUCGACCCACUCCCGACGAUCCUCAAAUCAACCACGCUCCUGAAACCGCCCCGCAUACCCUCUUCACGUCCAAAGACACGAACGGCGAAGAUAGAGAAGAAAUGCUUUCUAUUCAAGCCUUUUUCGAUGGGAGUGUCCUAGAGGUAUUCGUGAACGAGCGGACGGUCAUCACGACUAGAAUAUACUCGCUAGCUAAGAGGUGUUUCGGAAUGGCUUUCUUUGCGGGGGCUGAGUCGGAGGGCUCAGAUUCGUCGCAUGAUGAGCCUGCGGCUGUUUUGGUGAGGGGCAUGGUGUGGGAUGGGCUUGCGGUUUGA